GGGACCUGCAAAGCUCCCAUUUCCCAUUUCCUAUUUCCUCAACUAAAAAUCGUCAAGAUGAACAACUUCGGCGUGAUAGAGCUUGCGAGUACCAAAACCACCAAUGCCCCGGGCUGGGCCUACGUGCCCGACACAACCCCUCACUUAGCAGCAGCAGCAGCAGCCGCAGCAUCGCUCCAGACAGGGAACAGAAAAAGAGCUGCUCGCAACCAAGUGACAAACACCAGUGCCUUAUACGCCGACGCCGACGCCCGCCAGGAAGCCAAACUACGCAGGGAGAUCGAGGCCCUCGACCGCGAUAACUACCACCGCGACGUGAGCAUACCCAUCGUAGCGAAGAGCAGCAAUACCAAGGCUGGCGUGAAGAAACACACCCCCAACGUCCGCAAGAUCCUGCAGUCCCAGAAGACCUUCGCAAACCACCUCGACGACUUCGAAGCCCUCCUCGCACAAGAGAAAUCCAACCCCAGCGCCUCAUCUUCCACAGCCGCCGCCUCUACUGCUGCCGCAGCAACUUCUUCGACCGCAGGGCCUUGGCCUUCGAAAAAGGGCGGCGGCGGUGGUGGUAGUGCAGCAGCAGCAGACAAACACCAGCCAAAAACCUCCAGCAAAAAGUCUUCCAAGCCAAACCCAUCCCGCUCGGCAUCCAUUUCCAAAGCCGCACCGGCCGUGAAACAAGAAGAAGAAACCACCAACACCAACACCAACAACAACAACAACAACAUCUCCAUGCCCGACGCGCCCCAAGACGAUCCCUCAUCAUCCACCACCACCACCACCACCUCCUCCUCUUCUCCGUCCCUCCUAACACCCUCCUCGCACCCCAACCACCACCACCACCACCACCACCACGCCCAAGACACCAACCCCGACCCGCUCCUGACGUCCCGCGUCCCCGCGCUCCCCACCCCCGCCGAGCUGCGCGCCCUCGUGUCCGCGCCCCCGCUGAACUACGCCGAGGCGCGCGGCCGCUGGACCGCCGCCGACGACGGCCGGCGGUAUCCCGCCCGCGUCUUCUGCGAGGUGUGCGGGUACUGGGGACGCGUGCGGUGCAUGCGCUGCGGCGCGCGCGUCUGCGCCCUCGAGUGCCUCGAGACGCAUCGCGAGGACUGCGUCUCGCGGUAUGGCUUGUGAUGUCAUGAUUUGAGGGGUACCUACCUACCUACCUACCUUCCUACCUACCUGUCCAGUGUAGUUAAAUUCGAACGGGGAGCUCUAGUUAUAGGCACGGAGAUUA